AUGAAAAGAGAAACUUUUAAGGUUCAUGCAAUACAACAAGGAAGAAGGAAUAAUGAUUCAACUCCUUCUUCUUCCUACUCGGAAGGAUUUUUAAAGAUGAAGAAGAAUGUAAAUAAUAGCUUGAUGAUGCUGGUUGCAUUAAUAUCAAUCAUGCUGCUGUUGGGUUUCUCUCAAUAUGUUGAAGCAUUGAAUGGUGAGGGAGUUGAUGUAUCCAAGUGCACUUAUCAGAGUUCUGUCUCAUUGGGCUCUACCAUGACUUUAAAGUGGAAUGUUUUGAAGAAUCCUAGUGAUGCCUCCAAUUAUAUUCUCGAAUUUGGUUUAAUUUGCACAAAGGCAGGUUAUUGUUCCAUUGGAUUUGAUCAUCCGUAUGGGCAGGGCAUGCAAAGUAUUGAUACCUUGUUUGCUUUUGUGAGUUCUGGAGUUGCCAAUGUUCAGGAUUGUUACUGCACCAAUAAGCAUUCAAUUCCAACCAUCGAUUCGAACAAUGGAGGUUCUAAUGACUUUUUGGAAACUAAUGGUGGAGUUGUGAAUGGACAGUAUCAUUAUAGAUGGAGUAGAAAGAUGAGUACUGGAGAUUCACAGGAUGCAACCUUUAAGAAUUCAAAUGUUUAUGUGAGUUGGGCCUAUCAUUCAUCCUCUACCUCAAUUUCUUCAACUCACACCGACUAUGGAAGAAAUAUUGCAGUUAAUUUCCUUUCCAAUACACCAACUGAAACCUAUGUGAAAGGAAUGAUUAAUAAUGGAGCUAGUAUACUAGUAGCUCCACUUACACACAAGUUCCAUCUCUAUGCCCUUGCCAUUGGUAUUGCUUCACUAAUCAUGGCUGGAUUAAUUGUGACUUAUUUGCCAACUGCUUUCAAAUCCAACAUUAUUACUCACUUUUUAUUUUAUAGAAAGAUUUCCAAGGUUAUUCCAUAUGAUUUUCCAUUAGUUUCUUAUGUGAAUCAAUUCCUUGAUUUGACAAUUGGUGAAGUAUUGGUGAUUAUUGUCUAUUUGGCUAUGAAGGUUGUUUGGUUUGUUUAUGGAUUUCUUACUCAAACUGAUGAUUCUACAGCAAAGAAGGUAGCCUCUGGAUUUACUCAAUUAAUUGUGUUUAACUAUAUUUUCCUGUUCAUUCCAGUGACAAGAUAUUCAGUUUUACAAGCAUUAUUUGGAAUUUCAUUCGAAAGAUCAAUCAAAUUCCAUAAAUGGAUUGGUGUCAUGGUUUUCCUCUCUGCAACUGCUCAUGGUAUAGUGGAAUUUAUUGCGUACAGGGACAAUAUUCCAUAUAUAUUCUCGGUUGGUGAUGGUUUUCCAUUACUGGGAAUUAUUGCUUGGUUGACUCUUGGAUUGCUUCUUUUAUUCUCACUUGAGCCAAUCAGAAGAAAAUUAUAUGAAUUGUUUUUGGUAUUCCACAUUCCAUUGACCUUUAUCACAGUCACAUUCUCAAUUAUUCAUGGUGAAGGUUGGAUUAAUUUACUUCCAUAUAUGGCAUUCUCACUCUUUUUAAUGGUAGUGGAUUUUCUUUUGAGAGCAAUAAUUGGAUUUGGCGUUCCAACCAAGUUGGUUCAGAUUUCAUAUGAUGAAGAUGCUGAGGUUACAACUUGUGUAUUCGAAAAGAGAUUCUUGACCCUGUUCCACAAUCCAAAUCAUGCUCACUUUGUCUUUGUUUACAUUCCACAAGUUUCCAUUUAUCAACUCCAUCCAAUGACAAUUAAAGAUCCAAAGCGUACCAUUGUCUUUAUCGUUGCUGGAAUUGGAGCCACUCCUGCCAAUGCUAUCCUUACAGCUCUGGAAGAUCCAAAAUAUAAUGAACCAACUCCUUACAAGGUCUUUGUUAACUUUACAAUGAGAAAUGAAGCUCUCCUUCCUCACUUGACCAAAAUUAUUCAACAAAAACCCAAUGUUGAAAGUUCCUUCUAUAUUACUGGUUCCAAAUCAAAAUCUCACAAUGCCAAUCAGAUUGAAAUGCUAGAGAAGGGAAGAAGUACUGGAAUAGAUCAUAGUAAUGAUAGAAGAUUUAUCAAGGGAUCAAGACCAGUCUAUGAAGAGUAUCUUCAUAAGGUGAAACAAUAUGUUGCCCAAUCUAAAUCAAAGCCAUACGUUUCAGUGUUUGCCUGUGGUCCAGCAGCCAUGAUGAAUGCAGUUCAUAAUGCUGUAAUUUCAGCUAGUGAUAUGGAUUGUCGAUUUGAACUUCAUAAGGAAGAAUUUGAAUUUUAA